AUGACCAAAAUCGAUUUCAGCACAAUCAAAAUCCAAAAGGGUAGAUUAGUUAAUACCAUUCACGAGACUGCAAAGUGGGGAGCCAAAGGAAUUUGGGGACCUGGACCAACUGAAACUGGAGUGUGUAGAUUGUCGUUAUCUGAUUUGGACAAGUCAGUGCGAGAUUGGUUUGUUAAGGAAACUACGGAUUUGGGUUGUAAAAUCAAAAUUGAUCAGGUGGGUAAUACUUUUGCCAUUUUCCCAGGAAAGAACAAUGAUGCAUUGCCUACUGGUGUAGGCUCUCACUUGGACACUCAACCUAGUGGUGGAAGAUACGAUGGUGUUCUUGGAGUAUUGUCAGGAUUGGAAGUAUUGCGAACCUUGAAAGAAAACAACAUUGUCCCGAAUUACCCAAUUGCAUUGAUCAACUGGACAAACGAAGAAGGUGCUAGAUUCCCUAUUAGUAUGGUUGCCCUGGGGGUCUGGGCAGACGCAAUUCCAUUGGAAACAUGCUUGAAUUUGGAAUCUAUUGACGAUGAAAUUCCUAAAAAGUUUGGUGACGAGUUGAAACGUAUUGGUUACGCAGGAGAUAUUGCUGCUUCGUACAAGGAGAACCCUUUGGCAUGUCAUUUCGAGAUCCAUAUUGAACAAGGGCCCAUUUUGGAGCAUGAGGGUAAAAAAAUUGGUGUUGUAGUUGGUGGACAAGCAUUUGAAUGGAACUUGGUCACUGUCACCGGAAGAUCGUCCCAUGCUGGUACUACUCCCAUGAACACUAGGUCAGACGCUUUGCUUAUGACUUCCAAAAUUAUAAUUAUGGCAAUCGAGACAGCUACGGCUCAUGGAGGUGUUGCCACAGUUGGUACGCUUCAUUUGACCCCACAAUCAGUGAAUGUUAUUCCAAACGAAGUCAAGUUUUCGUUGGAUGUGAGACAUGUUGAAGAUGAUGUUGUUACCGAGAUGAUGUCUGAGAUAAAGACCAAAGCUGCUGAAAUUUGUGAAGCUGGUAUUGGAUCAAAACUUGCUAAGCCCUUGUCUGUCAAGUUUGAAAAUUUGACUGUGUCUCCAGCGAUCAAAUUCAAUCAGACCAACAUCAAUACUGUUAAGAAAGCUGCUUUGCUGUUGUUUGAUGAAAAGGAUAUCAGAGAGAUCACAAGCGGUGCCGGUCAUGACUCUUGCUAUGCUAGCAAAAGAGUACCAACCUCAAUGAUAUUCAUUCCUUCAAAGGACGGAAUCUCCCACAGCCCUGAAGAGUAUUCAUCUCCAGAGGAUGUCGACAAUGGAUUUCAAGUAUUGUUGAGAACAGUUUUGCUAUACGAUGAAUUAAGGGCCGAAAACGAAAAAGCUUAG